GCCUGCUGGGGGGCUUAGCAUUGCAGGGCUCUGCGCGGGAACGCUAACCUGGUCCGGAGCGAACCUGGGUCUCAGCCCCGCGGACAGCCUUUCACGAGUUUUCAAGCUUUCAGGCUGUCUUCUAGUCAAGAUGAGUGAUAAGCCAGACUUGUCGGAAGUGGAGAAGUUUGACAGGUCAAAACUGAAGAAAACUAAUGCUGAAGAAAAAAAUACUCUUCCCUCAAAGGAAAUGUUGCUACUUGCAAAUUUGAUAAAAAUGCUAUAUAUCCAUGAUAGAUCCAGCAGCAUCUGCAUUUGUAUACUAAUCCAGCUCACGAUUAGGCCCAUUUCAAAGGGCCUAAAGGAAAGCCUGAAUAUUGUCAGAAAAUAUGAUGAUAAAAUCCAUUGACAAGAGCAUGGUGAAAGAGUUCUGGGAAACCAUACCUACAAAUGAGAAUACAACAAUUCUACAUGAAAUAUUAACAAUCUAAUGUGGCAUUAUAUUAAAAGAAGAACCUAAAAGGACAAAUCAGGAUUCACUCAAGGAUACAAAGAUGGUUGGUAAUGAAUAUUUUUUGUUGUCAUUUUUUAUACUUUCAGUGUCAUAUCAAAGAAUCCUUUGCCAAAUCCAAGAUCAUAAAGAUUUACUUCUAUAUUUUCUUUUAAGAGUUUUAUAUUUUAUUUAAGGUAUUUGAUCCAUUUUGUGUUAAUUUUUAUAUAUAGUGUGAGGAAAACAUCCAAAUUCCCUCUUUUGUAUAUGGUUAUUCAGUUGUCCUAGCAGCAUUUUGUUUAAAGGUUAUUUUUUUUGUUCAUUGAGUAGUUUCGCACUCUUGUCAAAAAAUCAACUGACUGUAAUAAAUGGGCUGCUUUGUAGACUCUUUUUCCAUUGAUCUAUGUUUUUCCUUAUAUCACUACCAUAUUGUUUUGAUUUCUGAAGGUUUGUAGUAAGUGUGAGUUCUCCAAUUGUGUACUUCUUUUUCAAGAUUCCUUUUGCUACUCUGUGUCACUUAAAUUUGCAUACGAACCUUACAAUCAGCUUGUUAAUUUCUACAAAAAUGACAGCCGGGAUUUUGCUAGGAAUUGUGUUGAGCUGUAGAUUAAUUUGGGGGAGUAUUUCCCUGUUAACAAUGUUAAUUCUUCCAAUUUAUGAAUGUGGGUUGUCUUUCCACUUAUUUUGAUUUUCUACAAUUACUUCAAUUAUGUUUUAUAGUUUUCAGAGUUCAAGUUUUGCCCCUCAUUUGGUAGACUCAUUCCUGAGUAUUUCAUUCCCUUUAUGUGAUUAUAAAUUGAAUUGUUUUCAGAAUUUCAUUUUAGAAUUGUUGAUUGCUAGUAUAUAGAAAUAGAAAUGAUUUUUGUAUGUAGAUCUUGUAUCCUGUAAACUUGCUCAACUGGUUUAUUAAUUCUAAGAAAUUUUAGUGGGGUUUUAAAGGACUCUUUAUGUGCAAAAUCAUGUUAAUUACAAAGAGAGGUAGUUUUACUUCUUCUUUUACAGUCUGGAUUCCUUUUGUUUAUUUUGUAUAUAAUUAUAAUGGCUGGAACUUCCAAUACAAUGUUGACUAGAUACAGCAAGAGCAAACAUCCUGAUCUGAGGGAGAAAGCUGCCAGUCUUUCACGACUGAAUAUGAUACUAGUGGUAGGUUUUUAAUAGAUGACCUUUAUUAGGUUGAGGAAGUUCCAUUCUGUUCCUAGUGUGUUGAAUGUUUUUAUUAUGAACAGGUUUUGGAUUUCAUAGAACUUUGUUCUGUGUCUACUGAAAUGAUCAUUUCUUUUUCCAUUUUUAUUCUAUUGAUAUGACAAAUUUCAUUAAUUGAUUCUCAGAUGUUAAGCUAUGUAGUGUGAUGGGUUCUCUAUCAGGUUACUUAAGGGUAUUUGUCUGCUGCUUGAACACUAAAGGCUGGGCAGUAAGCCAGAGCUAUGGUGCCCAGAAAAGGAGGAGGUGUCCCUGAGAAUUCAAACAUCCUGGGGCAUAGCUGGGAACAUACCAAAAGAAACGUUCCCAUCACACACACGCAGUAGGCAAUGAGCCAGAAAAUUAGCUUAAAAGCAGCUUAGAGAUGAGUGGUGGGCAGCUCUCUGUAGUUGUCCUGCUGCUGCCCAGGAAUGUCCUGCAUGUAAGCCUUAAUAAACUCAUCUACUUGCCGAGCAAGA